AUGCUCACCAAACGUGAUGUUCGCAUUGGCAAUGUCUCCGGUGCAACGGGUGACAGCCCACAUGCCAUGCGCCGAAUGGCAGAAGAUGGCAAUGUGGACGUGAUUGUUGGCGAUUGGCUUUCAGAGAUGAACAUUGCCUGGAAUGCCAUCACAAAAGACCAAGACCCAACGCUAGGGUACGAACCGGGAUUCCUGACACAGCUUACUGAGUCAAUCGAUGUCAUUGCCGAGAAUGGAAUCAAAGUUAUUACCAAUGCCGGAGCCCUGAACACAGAGGCUUUGGCAGCAAAGGUACAGCAGAUGUGUCUUGAGAAGGGUCACAAAGAAUUGAUCAUAGCCACGGUCCUCGGCGAUGAUAUAUCAGAGACUGUGGCCGAUCCCACGAAACGCGAGAAACUCCUUCAUUUGGACCACCCGGAGUGGGAACUCAAGAACUGGCAGUUAGAGCCAUACUCUGGGGUUGCCUACAUUGGAGCAUGGGGUAUUGUGGAAGGUAUCAGAGCCGGCGCUGAUAUUGUCAUAUGUGGACGGGUCACCGACGCAUCCCCAGUGAUCGGAGCUGCAGCAUGGUGGCACAACUGGGCCAAAGAUGAUUGGGAUCGACUUGCCGGGGGUCUGGUUGCUGGCCAGUGCGGGCCUUACGUGACCGGGGCCAAUUUCUCUGGCUUCAAAGAUAUGCUCUCUCAAUUAAUUGACCUUGCAUUUCCAAUUGCAGAAAUCAGCAGAGAUGGGACUUGCAUCAUUACCAAGCCAGAGGCACAUGCUGGAGCAGUGACGAAGCAUAACACUAUUUCCCAGUUCUUGUACGAGCUGCAGGGCGAACAAUACCUGAAUCCGGACGUCGUUGCCAAUCUCCACGAUAUUUGUAUUGAAGAGAUUGCCUCGAACCGAGUGAAAGUACAUGGAGUGACUGGAUCGCCGCCGCCGCCAACUACCAAGGCGAUGAUCGCCGCCAAGGGCGGAUACCAGGCCGAGGCCACCUUUUACAUCAACGGGCUCGAUGUCUCAGAGAAAGUGGCAAUGAUGCGAAACCAGCUCUUUCACAUUUUCAAAGAUCACAACUUUAGCAAAUUUUCGAUUGAAAUGUACGGGUCCCCUGCUUCGAAUCCCAGCAGCCAACAAGCCGGCACAGUCUUUCUGCGCGUUUUUGCACAAGCGAAGAGAAAAGAGGACAUAUCCGCCGACAAGUUCAAGAUCCCCAUUUACGCUCUUCGAAUGCAGAGCUAUCCAGGGUACCACAUGAAUCUUGAUUUCAGAACCAUGGACCCAAAGCCAUUCAUGGAAAUCUUCCCUGUCGUGGUGCCGAUGGCCUCUCUGCACUUGGAAACCCACGUCUUCGGAGAUGGCACCCGCAAAGCAAUCGCAAUUGACCCACCUAGUGUCACCUCGCAGUAUCCGAAUAUCAGAGAUUCAUAUGAGACUUCGAACCCAACCGACUUGACCGAAUUUGGAGCUACACAAAUGGCUCCUUUGGGAUCCAUAGUACAUGCUCGCUCAGGCGACAAGGCCGAUAACUCAAACAUUGGGUUUUUUGUCCGGAAUGCGGACGAGUACCCCUGGAUACAGUCAUUCUUGACAAUUGCGCGGGUGAAAAUUUUGUUUGGUGACGAUUGGACAAAAGGUGAAAAUCAUCUUCAGCGACGAGUGGAAAGGUGCGAAUUCCCCAAUAUUCUUGCCGUUCAUUUCCGAGUGCUGGACUUCUUGGAUGGGGGUAUUGCUAGUUCCAGCCGAAUCGAUGGAUUGGGCAAGGGGAUUGGUGAAUAUCUUAGAAGUAAGGUGGUUCCUGUCCCGGUGAAAUUUUUGAAUCGAGGGUGUAUUUAG